AUGUCUGAUCGAAUUCUGACCGACCUUCCGCUCGAGAUCUUCUGGCUCAUUGUAGAGAACCUUGAGUGCGAGGAAGACGUCAACGCUCUAUCCCAAGUGAAUCGUGGUCUUUACAAUCUUCUCAAUCCAUAUCUGUACCGCAUUAAUGUCGACAACAGUUACAAUCCUGCCAUUGCUUGGGGCGCCUACCACGGCCAAGAAGCAACCAUUCGAAAAUCCAUAGAGCAGGGCGCCCAGACAUGGUUUACCUUUGACGAAUGUUACUCACCAGAGCCCAUAACCCUUGCAGCACUCCGUGGCCACGCAAAUAUCAUCAAGCUGCUUCUCGACUAUGGAACUGACCCGAUGUACUUAUGGGAAAAUGAUGACGAUGGAACAGAGUCGUGGUUCAUAAUGGACUGGGAGUAUUUUGAGUUGUCCUCAAUCCGAGACUGGCCUCCCUGGACAGCGGCGCUUGCGACCGACCACGCAGAAGCCUUGCAAGUCUUGAUUGAGAGGAUUCGAUUCGUCCCGCGCCCCUGGGACUUUUUCAACGCUUCCAAAGAAGGCUGCUUUGAGACCCUCAAAGGCCUUGUGAGAGCUUGUCCCGAAUGGGCAGAUCUUGCUCAAUCCAACUACUCCACUAUCUUGGGACUGGCAAUCAAUGCAUCAUGGCACAACCUCGAUAUCGCGCGCUUCCUUGUCGAUUCAGGAUCCCCAAUCAACAACAUAGAUGCCAAUCAACACACCCCGUUGGCCAUGGCGGCGGAUACUGGGAAUAUUGAGACAGUUCAAUUUUUGCUGGACCGUGGAGCCGAUCCCGAUCCCGAUUCAACCCCACUGUGGCCAUUAAGGUUUGCCGCAGAAAGGGGCCAUAUGGAAGUCGCAGAACUGUUGAUGGAAAAUAUUGACGUCCAAAGCAAGAUUACAGGUGGUGGGUAUCACCAAUUUUGGCUACUUUACUCGGCGGCAGCCUGUGGCUUUGAGAAGCUUGUGCGGGCUUGUCUGGAUGCUGGAUGCAAUGCAAAUGCCAGACUGUAUGUGGAGUCUUGUCCUUUCAGCGUGGAUGCUACGAACCGAACAUCUGACGGCGGGUAUCAUUUGGCGCCGCUAGACUGGGCCCGUGCAAGAGGACACUCUGCAGUUGUGCAUCUUCUUGAGAACGACUAA